AUGUCCACUCGCCCUAUAAAACGAGCCACCUCGGGCGCUGGCCCCUCCACGAAACGAACACGGUUCACAGAUCCCUCUGACUCAGCUACCAACGGAGACGACCAAACCUUUGCCGAACAGGUUGACGAGAACCUUGAGAACGUCUCUUCUCGCAAGGGGGUCAAGACUGAAGGCUAUGAAAGCGAUUCUUCAGACGAUGGAGAGGGCGUGGUGGAGAGUCGUAAAAAGAAGGGUGCCGACGACGACGACGACGAUGAUAUGUUUGCCGCGACAGAUCCUGACAAGGCUAAAGAAAAUGAUGGAGCGGGGAAGAAGAAGGAGAAGUUUCUUGCGCUGGGAGAUAUAGAGGGACAGGAGUUUGGGCGAACUGCUACGGCCGAGUCGAGUGAUGAGGACGAGCCGGAGGAUGAAGACGAUGCAGAGAGGAAGAAGAAACAGGGUAUGGGUUACGAGAUGUCUUCAUUCAACAUGAAGGCGGAGAUGGAGGAAGGAAAGUUCGCAGAGGAUGGGACGUUCGUACGGUCGUUCGAUCCCCACGCUGCACACGACAAGUGGAUGGAAGGGUUGGACGAGCGCGAGAUGAAGAAGGCCAAGAAAAGCAAAAAGUUGAUGGAAUCGCGCGAGCGGGAGCGAGAGCAACGGGAGGCCAAGGAAGCUGAGAGGGGGAAGGAAGACGUAAUGAAGGAGCUCCUCGGGUUUAUGCAGAAGGGGGAAACCGUCCUCGAAGCCCUACAACGCCUGGGGUCGAAUUCUAAAGGCCCACGUCGGGGACAGAAAAAGAAGGCUGCGACUGAGGUGUUACCACAAUCGAUAGACGGUACGGCCGCGGAUGAAAAUGCACCCGAAGAGAGCCCGGUCGCUCGAGUUACGUCGCUCGCAUCCACUCUUAUGUCUCUUGGAGAUUCGGAUGUGUACGAGGCGACCUAUGAAAUGAUGCUACGACUGGUUAGACGGUCCGGGAUUGUUUCUGCCGACUGGGAUCCUCAUCCACCACCCCCACAAACACCUGAUACCAAGUACGAGUAUCGAUGGGCCCCAGACUAUGUUGCAGCAAGUGGAGGACAAGCUUCAGCCGAUGCCGUUUAUGGACCAUAUGGGGUGACUGAAAUGGGUACCUGGAAAGCGGCAUUGUAUUUUGGUGACGAUGCAGAGCGAAUACAAGUCGGCGUGUGGGCGAUAACGACUGGGGUAGCUGGAGCAGCGCAUUCCCUGCCUGAAGAGGACGCCUCACUCGGGCCUGUGCCCCGGAGCACAGUCGGGAACUCGCUUACAUUGACAUUACGACUACAUCUUGUGAUAUUUGGAGAUUUGGUGACAUCCGUCAACUUGUGCGGUUCUCCUGCCUCUCCGGACACAGAUCUCCACCGCCGCCAACCCAAUUCACUCGCUCACCAAUCCUCAAACCUAUCUCUCAACGCACUAUAUCAACACAACACACCUCCUACUUCCUCAACUCCACCCGCCCCAUCUGAAAAAAACCACAUGAACGGCUCCCCCAAACCUGCCGGGGCAAAUGGCCUCCUGCCCCCCGCAACUAUCACCCCAAAAGAAGUAGACACAACACCCAGGUUCCUUGGCAUGCCUCUGAAAUACGUUUCGCUCGUCACGUUGGCCGUACAAAAUGCCUCCCUCACUAUUAUCAUGCAUUACUCACGUGUUUCAACCCCUGCGAAUCGCACCUAUUCUGCUGCAUCCGCGGUGUUGCUCAACGAGCUCUUGAAGGGAUCUAUAUCUCUUCUCAUUGCCCUUUUCCGCUUGGAUGAUCAAAACCCCAAAACCUCUCGUCCAGAGGUCAUUUCGCUUAUGUCUGGGGCUGGCGACCUGGACGACGAUUCUCCAACGACUCCAAUGAUCAAGGCAAAAGCUCAGGGCAGAAACUUUCUCGGUCAUCGUAGCACAGGGUCUGGAAGCAUUCGUGGAGUUCUUAGCUCUCAACUGCGCAGGUCUACGUCACUUUUGACUCGUCUCUGGUGCAAAUUCAGGCGCCUUGGUCGCGAGGUCUUUAGCCCCGACUGUUGGAAACUCUCUAUCCCUGCCAUUCUAUAUGUAAUUCAGAACAACCUGCAGUUCGUGGCCGCCAGCAACCUUGAUGUCGCAACGUUCCAGGUCACCUACCAAAUGAAGAUCUUGACCACUGCGGCCUUUUCGGUCAUGCUUCUACGAAAGAGGUUGUCCAAGGCCAAAUGGGCGGCUUUAUUCUUCCUCGCUCUUGGUGUCGGUAUCGUUCAGAUUCAGUCCACCGCACCCAAGCAUGAAGCUCCUGUUUCUACCAAUGACAACGUUGACCCUGUCGUCAAGGCUGCGGCCGAGUCUGUCAGUGCUCGUGCCCAUGAGGUGAUUGGACAGGCCAAACAUGUCAUGAACCCGCUGAAGGGAUUCGCCGCUGUGUCUGCCGCCUGCAUUACCUCUGGGCUCGCUGGAGUAUACUUUGAAAUGGUACUCAAAGGAAGUCAAGCUGACCUUUGGGUCCGUAACGUGCAAUUGUCACUGUUCUCCCUCCUCCCUGCGUUGGUUCCAAUUAUCUUCAACAACUCUGGUACUACUAGCGAUGGUCGUUCGUUCCCCUUCUCGCUCUUUGCCAACUUUUCCGGAUGGGCUUGGGCAACAGUCCUCACUCAAGUGUUUGGUGGCCUGAUUACUGCCAUUGUCAUCAAGUACUCCGACAACAUUAUGAAGGGCUUUGCAACUAGUUUGUCCAUCGUUCUCAGUUUCCUUGCGAGCGUGGCGCUGUUCGACUUCCGAAUUACGCUUGCGUUCCUGGUCGGAAGCUCAACCGUGCUUGCCGCUACAUGGAUGUACAAUCAAGCUGAUAUGAAGACUCCUAACCCUGCCAAGAUCGCAGUUGCGAGCGGAACCAGGGAUCUGACAAACCACAACGGUCCCUCUUCGACUUUCCCCCCUGGUAGCCCUGUCGCCGAUGAUGCCCCUAUCCUCGGACAGACACUCAAGAAGAAAUCAUCGAGUGCAUUCCCAAGUCCACGCAACAUAGCUCAGGUCCUUGGUUUCUCUAGCUCGGACAACCUUGCCAGCCACAUUCCUCCUGUCAGUUUGACCCCUGAUGACACCAUGGGAGCCAACCCAUACUCCUACUCCCCCAAUCUGCGAGCCGGAUCUAUCAGUGGUGCACACACCCCUCUCAAUGCUGGCAGUCGCUCAGGCGCUGCAACUCCCGCAAACUGGUCCAGGCCACCUUCUCGUGCUUCAUCUAUUCGUCCCGCUCUCAAUCUUUCUGUUCCGGGCUCUGGCGCACUUACGCCAGAUAAUGGCUCUGGCCGUUGA